AUGGGGGUCGAGCCCGUUCUCCUUCUGUGGCUCGUGCCGGAGCCCCAGGGUCAGAUGACUGACAUCUCCAUCGAUCCGAGUAAGGCCUGCAAAUACUGCAAGGGCCGAGCGGAGGUCAAGGUCGAUGCAUCGCAGGGCACCCUCAUCUGCACAGGAUGCGGCCUCGUCUUGGAGGACCAUUGUUUCGACGACACCCGCGAGUGGCGUAGCUUUGCCCCCGAGGGCAUCGACUCUCAGGGCCCGGCGAGAGAACGAGCAGACCUCAGCACUGCCAUUGACGAGCUCACAGGGGAGGUGGGUGGCACGACCAUCCUCGGAUCCGACACAGCUUCGCGCCGCAUGCAGAUGCUGACCAAGCAGGUCCAGAGCCACCACAAACAGGAGCUCACCGAGGAGCAGAAGAAGGAGCAGAUCAUCCAGCGUUUCACAGAGAAGGCCAGAGAAGUAGCACAGCGGCUCAGACUGGGUGAAGAGGUGGUGAAUCGUUGCACUGUCCUUCUCCAGGAGCUCGCGGACAAGGGGAAGUUGAAAAUGCGGGCGACGGCACCUUGGUUCUGUGCUCUCGUCGACUUGGCCUGCAGGGAGGAGAAAAUUCCGAAGACUCUGCACGACCUCGCGGAGUCUAACGGUGCAGCCAUUGGCGUCAAGGAGGUGGAGCUGCUGAGCGUGCAGCGACAUCCAAACAAGCCGGCGAUGAAGGUGGCUCUGAGUCAGGGCGCUGUGGCGAAGUCCUUGUUGAAGGGCUCGCUGGACGUGAACGGCGUGAAGGUGAUGCUUUCGCCCCUUCAGAGCAUGGGCUCCGAGGCCGUUGCAGUGGCCCAGUGGCAGGGAGAUGAAAAGGCCGUGACCGAGGCCAUGCUGGAUGCUUGCCUCCGCAAGCACAUCCUGGCAUUCAACCAGGCUCGCUGUGAAGAAAUCAUAGCGAAGCACAGCAAGGAUCUCUGCAAUGAUCUGUCCAGGACGAGGUCCCACGCCGCGUACUUUCAGGAUGAGAUUCUCCAUCGCUAUGUCACGCGGCUGGGCCUCGCGGCGCAGGUGGUGGCCCCGGCCAAACACAUAGCCUGGCAGGCUUUGCAGCAGGAUGUCGUGAAGAAGGGGAAGGGCCUCCUGGAGCACACGAUGGCGUCAGCCUCCAUGGCCGCUUCCAUCUUCGUGGUUAGUUGGCUGCUGGACGUGGAGCAGAAACCCAGGCUGGGAGAAGUUGCCACAGUCGUGAAGGUGAGCGAGGGCUCUGUACAGGUGGCCUACAGCUCCAUCCGACAGAGGCUGCGGUAUUUGCUGCCCAAGGACUUUGUGAUCCGCUACAAGCUUGGCCUCGAAGGCUUGCCGAAGCCACAGGACCCGCCGCCCUCGCGGAAGCGUUCAGCGGAUGUCUUGUGA